AAUCCCGAUUAGGUUCGGGUUCGGAGCUCGGCUUGGAGGUGGACUUCACACCGCAGCAGAUAAGAACGAUCCACUCCCCUGUUUCUGGCCCCCUCCAUCCACCAUUCUCUCUCUCUCUCUCUCUUUCUCUCUCUGUGAGAAGCGGAAAAACAGAGCACUCUGUUUCUGAUCAAAAGGGAUGCUGGCAAUGGAGAAUCAGGAGAGCACAGUCCGCGAAAUCAAGCCUAAGAACCGAAGGAUAAUGGGCCCCGAGGAGGAGGAUAACAGUUGGCCGCCAUGGCUGAAGCCUCUGCUGAGGGAGAGCUUCUUCGUGCAGUGCAAGGUGCACGCCGACUCCCACAAGAGCGAGUGCAACAUGUUCUGCCUGGACUGCAUGAACGGCGCUCUCUGCUCCCUCUGCCUCGCCUACCACAAGGAUCAUCGCUCCAUUCAGAUAAGGAGGUCUUCGUACCACGACGUGAUCAGGGUGUCGGAGAUUCAGAAGGUGCUGGACAUUACUGGGGUCCAGACCUACAUCAUCAACAGCGCCAGGGUCGUGUUCUUGAACGAGCGGCCGCAGCCUAGGCCCGGGAAGGGCGUCACCAACACCUGCGAGGUCUGCGACCGGAGCCUCCUCGACUCCUUCCGGUUCUGCUCCCUCGGCUGCAAGGUGUUUGGUUCAACAACAUUGACUUCUUCCCACUCUUGCCUUCUGAAGCAAUCCAAUCCAAAGAUUGUUGGUACGUCGAAGAACUUCGCAAGGAAGAAAAAGGAGAAGAUGCAAUUGAUCUCGGACUCGGAGGACUCGUACAGCAGCAACAGCAGACACAGCAAGCACGGCAGCAGGACCAAGUCCAAGCUCCACAGCUUCAGCCCAUCGACCCCCCCUCCGACUGCAACUAAUUACCGGAUCGCCAAGCGGAGGAAGGGCAUCCCUCACCGGGCCCCGAUGGGUUGCCUAAUGAUAGAAUACUAGUGCCGAUCAUCGAUACCGUAUACUCCACAGAAAAUGUGUAAAAAGGUUGCUCAUUCCGUGCUCGGAGCUCUCAAAAGCCCGCACCGGGAAUGUGGAUAGAUGCAUAUACGAUAGGAGUUGGGAUUAUUAGAGUAGAUUAGAUCAGGCAUGAACCCAAAAAAAAAAGAAAAAGGGAAAAAUAAGUAGUGCAUACUGAGAUAUGCAUGAUGAAGAAUUACUAAGUGAAAAAAUCAGAAAAAAAAAAAAGGUGAGCUUGAAGAUAGGUCAAUACUAGGAUUUUGUAUGUAUAUAGGUUUAUAUUUUUAAUUUCUGGGGUUAGGGUUUCUUGGGAUGAAGAAAAUGUAUAUGUUAUUGCUUUGUGGUGGUUACUAUAGGCAAAUAGAUAGAUACUGGAGCAGGGAAAUGGAAAAAAUGUGCUCCUUGACUGUUCAUAGGUGUGAAAUGAAUGAAAUCAAAAUAAAUAGAUAAUUAUUAUUUUUUUUUUCGA